AUGUCGUCACUACUGAAGCCGUUUUCGGUCCACGAAGGCCCGUGUGGGCGCGGUGUCGUCCGCCGGGGAUGCGCCGCCGCCUCCUCCUCCCCGCAGCCUCCAUCGCUGGGCGCCGGCGGCCGGAGCUCCGCGGCCGCUUCGUUUGCCUCUCUUCUCCCGGCCGGACCCCCGCCGUACGGGGCGAGGAGGACCCUGGCGGCCGCUGCGGUCGGAGGGAGGACCGUCACGCAUCCCGGGAAGGCCAUCCUCGCAGGUGGCAUUGCUGGAGGCAUAGAGAUCUGCAUCACCUUUCCUACAGAAUACGUGAAGACCCAGCUGCAGCUGGACGAGAGGGCCAACCCACCACGGUACAGAGGCAUCGGUGACUGUGUGAAGUUGACGGUGCAGGAUCAUGGACUCAGAGGACUGUAUAGAGGUCUCAGUUCUCUCCUGUAUGGAUCUAUUCCAAAAUCAGCUGUGAGAUUCGGGACGUUUGAGAUUCUUAGCAACCCCAUGCGGGAUGCCACCGGUCGCCUUGACAACACGCGGAGUCUCCUGUGUGGUUUAGGGGCUGGGAUCGCGGAGGCCAUCGUGGUGGUCUGUCCCAUGGAAACGCUAAAGGUGAAGUUGAUCCAUGACCAGUGUUCCCUUCGGCCACGCUACAGAGGCUUCUUUCAUGGAGUCAGUGAGAUCAUCAGAGAACAGGGUGUGAGAGGGACGUACCAGGGUCUUACUGCAACUGUGCUGAAACAAGGAACCAAUCAGGCCAUCCGGUUCUAUGUGAUGAACCUCCUACGUAAUUGGUACAAAGGAGAUGACCCCCGGCGCGAGAUGCACCCCAUAGUCACUGCGAUGUUUGGAGCGACAGCUGGAGCAGCCAGUGUUUUCGGCAAUACCCCACUAGAUGUGGUCAAGACCAGGAUGCAGGGUUUGGAGGCCCACCGGUACAAAAACACAAUGGAUUGUGCGUUCCACAUCUUGAAACAUGAAGGACCACAAGCGUUCUACAAGGGAACAGUUCCCAGGCUUGGCCGCGUGUGCCUGGAUGUGGCCAUAGUCUUCGUCAUAUAUGAAGAGGUGGUCAAACUACUGAACAAUAUUUGGAAGACACAGUAAACCGACUCGGGUGGCAAUGGGAAGAGAGGGGUAUCACCGACCACUUCCCCGAUCAUAACGCAUAGCUGUCUAGAUUGCUCUGGAAAGAUGGGAGCUUUCUUUAGCUUUACUUAAUUUUUGAUACUUAAAAAUAAGUGGCUAGUUUACCCUAGGACUGGUAGGAUGUUACACUUCAUGGGUUGGUAAGGCAGGUAACAGCUGGUAGUAGGAGUGGUCGGGGCAUUUGUUUGUGGGCCAAUCUGACCCUGAUCCUUGAACCUCAGUCCCAUGUGGAAUGGAAGACAGUCAGCCUGUCGGCUUAUUCAUCAGCAAUUACGAGGCACGACACGAAGGCUCAAAAACACAAGGCUAAUCCUUAUUAAGCUAAUGCUCGCUGUAGAGCUAGCCAGUAAAUUGUCUAUAGAUUGGUUAAUCUGCACACUGUGUCGUCCCUCUCAAAACUUGAGGUCAAACAAAAUGUGUCUUCUCUUUUCUUUCUUGAACCCUCUUUCUCUUAGUGGAAAAUCAGUCAUAAACUCACAGGGCUUGUACAUUAAUAUGACUUUAGAAGAAGGUGACUAAAGCCGCAACUACUUUCUUUAGUAAUUAAACUAUCGAUUUGUUUUUGAUUACUCGGACAAAUAAUUUAGUCUACAAAAUAUCAAAAGUGACAAAUGCCCAUCAUAAGGUCCCAGAGCCUAAAUAAUCUUACACUGUUUAUUC